ACAAACACAGAACUGUUCAGAAAAUAAAAAACAUGUACGUACGUCUUCCUCGCAUCAUCCAAAUGAGUUUUCGCGCCAAAUUUGUCCCCCAUGCCAGUAACCAGCUCCGGCGACCUCAAAACCUAAUCAGCCGUCUCUUGCUCCUUCUCGAACGCUGCAAAUCGUCCAGAUCAGUGCAGCAGAUUCACGCCCAGAUGCUCGUUCGCUCCAUAGCGAUGCCCAUGCCCAAUUACAUCCUCUCCAAACUCAUCGACCUCAAGGACUUGAGCUACUCCACUCUUUUCUUCCCCCAAAUCCCCCUCAACAGCUACGCCUUCAACGUGAUGAUCAGAGGGUUAGCCACUGCGUGGCAGAAAUUCGACCUUGCCUUACAAUUACUCGUCGAGAUGAAAUCGCUUGGCGUGAAUCCGGACAAUUUCACGUACCCGUUCAUUUUCAAAUCCUGCGGGAACAUUUCAGCCCUGAGAAUGGGGGAAACCGUCCAUUCCGAGGUUGUGAAAUCUGGGCUGCGAUCGGAUUUCCACGUGGUUCAUUCUUUGAUCACGAUGUACUCGCGCUGCAGAGAGAUGGAUUGUGCUCGGAACUUGUUCGAUGAAAUGACUGAUCGGGACAUGGUUUCGUGGAACUCGAUAAUAUCGGGAUACUCGAGGUUAGGGUUUGCACGGAAGGCUGUCGAAAUGUUUCGGGAGAUGAGGGAGGACGGAUUUGAACCUGAUGAGAUGACGCUCGUGAGCGUGCUUGCUGCCUGUGGGGAUUUGGGGGACCUCAGCUUGGGAAGAUGGAUUGAGGGGUAUGUUGCUGAGCAACAGUUCGAGUGUAAUUCAUAUAUUGGUUCUGCUUUGAUUAAUAUGUACGGGAAAUGUGGGGAACUAGAGUCUGCACGAAGGGUGUUUGAUAGCAUGAAAAGGAAAGAGCUAGUCAUUUGGAAUUCCCUAAUUACUGGAUACUCGCAAAAUGGACAGUCGGAUGAAACUCUGAAAUUAUUCAAUGACAUGAUGGAGACGGGACCUGAACCUAAUGAAGUCACACUGAUUGCGGUUCUAUCUGCUUGUGCGUCAGUUGGAGCUCUUGAUACUGGGAAAUGGAUCGAUGAAUAUGCGUUCAAAAGAGGGUUGCAGCGUAACAUUUAUGUAGCUACUGCUCUAGUCGACAUGUAUUCGAAAUGUGGGAAUUUGGAACACGCGUCACGCGUGUUUGAAUGUAUGCCUCUUAGAAACCAGGUUUCUUGGAAUGCAAUGAUAUCUGGACUUGCUUUUCAUGGGCAUGCACAGGAAUCGCUCGCCUUAUUUCAACGCAUGUUGGAUGAGGAAAAGGUUUUGUGUCCGGAUGAUAUCACUUUUGUCGGGGUUCUUUCUGCAUGUGUUCAUGCAGGUUUGGUGGAUGAAGGUCGUAGAUUGUUUAAUAUGAUGAGCUCAUUGUUUGGGCUAACACCAAAAGUCGCGCACUACUCUUGCAUGGUUGAUCUUCUAUCCCGUGCCGGACGGAUUUAUGAAUCUUGGGACUUUAUUCAGAAAAUGCCACAGAAACCGGACGAGAUUUUAUUAGGGGCUUUGCUGGGUGCCUGCCAGAAGCUAAAAAACGUGGAUAUUGGUGAAAAGGCCAUGGAACUUCUGUUAGAAUUGGAACCUUCAAAUUCUGGCAACUAUAUAAUCUCAUCAAAAAUAUAUGCUGAUAUGAGGAGGUGGGACGAUUGUGCUAGAAUGAGAUUGUUAAUGAAACAGAAGGGUGUAACUAAGACCCCAGGAUGUAGCUGGAUCGAGAUGGAUGGCCAUCUUCAUGAAUUUCAUGCUGGUUGUUUGUUAGUUGAAGAUGGAGAUGAGAUUCACAAGAUUCUUGACUUGGUAUAUGAAGACAUGACGAUGGAAGAUAGCACACAUUUAGAUUCUUAAUACAUAAGUUGGAAGAUAUAUAACAAUCUGAAGAUGAAAUGUUUAAAG